UCAUGUAUCUUCGUAAUAAUUUUAUCGGGCUUAAAAUUCAUACAGAUUUUCCAUUAAACGUCAGUAAAGUUGUAUUAAAUUUAAUCCUAAGUGUUAUUUAAAAGGUCUUAAAAAGUCUUAAAUUUAACUUUGUGGAUCCUGGGGGAUCUGUAGAGGAAGACAUUUGGUUGUCUUGCUAGUUGUUAGCCGGCAGGUCCGUUCAGUCUUUUGCUGUGUCGUGUUUGGAUCGUCCAGGUGAGAGGGUCUGGCCCUUCGUCUGUUCUCCUCAGAGUUAGCAGCUUGGCUAACUCAGCUGGUGGCAGGGAUCUAUAGCAGGACUUUAUGUUCUGCUCCAAGCGGGCCACGCUGGGAGGCCGCUGCGCCGUCAGGUUGGCGGCUUCAGCCGUCACAUCCAGAAGAGAAGUGAAGAUACCAACGCUGCGUUGGAGUUUUUAUUAAUGAGGUGACAUCAUAGGUCACAGGUCAACAGCCAAUCGUAGCUGAGAGCUGAGUUCAGGAAUCUGAGUUCAUCGACGAAAAGAUAAAAGUUCUGUUAUGAUCGCAAAUGAACAGCUUCAUCUGUGAGGUCCCUGUGAUCCCAACAAUAUGCAACAAGUGUUUGUUCCAGAACAAACACCAACAAGGAAGAGUGCACAGUCUGUCUCCUGUCAAGUGGAUUAAUCAUCAUGUAAACCUCCUGAUCCAAACUCAGAGGGCAGAGGGGCAUCGAGUACAGGAGACAGGCAGGAUGUCCUAAACCAAUGAGCAUUAACAUUAAACAUUAAAUUACUGAAACAGCUGGACGAUGUUCUGUGGCUGCAGUAACGACCUCACAUCAGCACGUACAGAUAUUCGUUCUUCUUUUUGUAUUUGAUUAAAUAAAAGUUAAACGUAACAAAUGUUGAGGAAUGAUGAACGAAACUGAAAGACAGCAGUUUGUGAUUUGAUAUGAUUGUGGUUAAACUAUAGGGACACUGUGUUUGUGUGAACAGCUUUAGUGAUGUCACUGAAUAAUGUUGGGUAGAUAUUAAAAACCUGCUCCCUUUAAUAACCAGAUCUCUCAAACAACAGGUUUUACUCCGAAGAAUGGAAGGUCUCUACAUUAACAGCAGCUCACAGGACCAAAGCUACGAUUACAGCAACACCACCUCCAACUACCAGAAUAACAACAAGCUUGAUGAGUAUCGUGAUAAACUUUAUUUCAUCAGAGAUGUGGUGGUAUACAUAAUCAUUGCUGUCGGCCUUCCUCUGACCCUGGUGGCCAUCUAUGCUCUUUAUUCUAUGGUGAGAAGAGAUCAUGUUGCUCCCAUCUACCUCAUCAACCUUCUCAUUACUGACAUCCUUCAGUUCUGCUGCAUGAUCAUUCGGGUGGCACUAAAUGUGGAUUGGAUGAGAUAUUUCAUCCAUCGUAUUUACCUCUCUGCUCUGAUUGCCAGUGUUUACUUCAUGGUCUGCAUCUCCCUGGAAAGGUAUUUGGUCAUCGCCCACCCACUGUGGUACCGCUUCAGACGAACCAUCAAGACCUCUGUGGUGCUCUGUGUCCUGGUCUGGGUCCUUUCUGCUGUCUGUGCCGUCUGUUUCUAUUUCACUGAUGUCACAUACAUACUCUUUGCCAUCCUCUUCCUCCCUCCCUUCCCUCUGUUAAUAUUCUCCCUGGUUGGGACCCUCAAAGCCCUGUCUGCUACCAUCUCGGUCCCCUCUGAUGAAAAACGACGAAUUGUGGGAAUUUUGGUUCUGGUGCUGCUUAUUUACACUCUGCUGUUCCUGCCCAGCAUCAUUUUGUUGCUGGAAAUAAACAAUGACAAGACCUGGUUUCUAGAAAACUAUAAAUUGAGACUUAACCUCCUGUCUACCAUCUUCCUCAGUCUGAGUCCUCUUGCAGACUUGUUCCUGUAUGUCUUCAUGAGGAAAGGGUUCAUAGACAAGCUUUUGGCCUCUGUGUGUUGCUGCAGAAUGGACAGCAAUGAUAUCAGCUGUCCAUCAGUAUGAAUGAUGACAACAU